GAGAGUUUCAAUAGUUUCAGAGAUGAUAGUGGAAUCUUCAAGUUUUGCGCCCAAGAAGGACCGCGCUAUGGAUGGGGUGGGUGCCUCCUCCAUCCUAGAACUCAAGGCACAGCUCGACGAAUCACAGGAAGAAUCAAAGAAAACAAAGGAAUUGAGCGGCCCUGGUGUCGAAUACCACCGCGCCAACAAGAUCACUCCUCGCGAUACCUUCCUCUGCCCAGCCAGACUGGGCCUGGCCCAACUUUAUUGUUUCAUCAAGAGUAAGCCUUCUGUUCCCGUGUUGGACUCUCAAUUGGACUCUUCAAUAAUUGGAGCAUUCAGCCCUAGGGAUGAGUAUUUUUAGAUACAGCAGUAUAAGUAUGGUAUGAGUUAUAUUUAACAUUUGAUUUUAAAAUAUUUAGAUAUAGUUUUUUUAAUCUUAGUACUUAUUAAAAUACUUAAAAACUU